UGGGUUGAGGACGAACUUGCUCGUUCAAUUUCUUUAGGGUUUCGUUCUUUUUUGAGCUUCAAUUCGAUUGAUUUCGUUACCUUUGGUUACUUCUUCAUCGAGUUUCCUAGUGAUAUAAAGUUUGGUAAUGCUUUGAUGAUGUUUCAUGGUCAAGGGUUUUCGAGAAACCGUUGUAAUAUAGUGGCAGUCAUUUGUGGAGAGCUUAGCGAUAACCAGAAAGCUGAAGCUCAUCAACCCAAAUACCCUUUUCCGGAUCUCUCUUCUUCAGGGCGACUCAAGGUACUGAAUAAUCCUACUACUGAGGAGUUCCAGGUUGCUAUUAACUCCUCAGCACCGGAUAUUGUGUACUUGCAAGGGGAGCAGAGUGGAGAUAGUGAUGAAGUUGGUCCCUUAGUGUUGGGAUAUGCUGAUAUUUCUACUCCUGAUGCCUUGGUUACUCUGUUUGGCUCCACAUUACCGACAACGGUUUACCUUGAGCUUCCGAAUGGUGAAGAAUUAGCUCAAGUACUUUACUCUAAGGGUGUUCAGUAUGUAAUUUAUUGGAAAAGUGUGUUCUCAAAAUACGUAGCCUGCCAAUUCCGCCAUGCUUUGUUUUCGAUCAUACAAAGUUCGUGCAGCGAUACAUGGGAUGCGUUCCAGGUUGCAGAAGCGUCUUUCCGACUCUACUGUACGAGUAACAACGCCGUACUUCCUUCUGACAGCAAACGUAAAAUGAAUUAUGAGAUGGGACCCUACUUGCUUGGAGACCCUCCAAAGAUUGAUGUGGUUUCACCGGGAGCCGAUGAACUAGAAGAGGAAAAUUCAUUAGAGAGCCUCCCGUCAAUAAAGAUAUAUGAUGAAGAUGUAACCGUAAGGUUUCUUUUGUGUGGACCACCAUGCACACUGGAUACAUUUUUACUUGGAUCUUUGGUCGAUGGACUCAAUGCUCUCUUGAGAAUAGAAAUGCGAGGAAGUAAGCUACAUAACCGUUCUAGUGCUCCAGCACCUCCUCUUCAAGCAGGAACAUUUACUCGCGGUGUAGUGACCAUGCGUUGUGAUAUCUCAACAUGUUCUUCUGCUCACAUAUCAAUGCUGCUUUUGGAGACUCACAUAAAACAUGAGGUGGUUGAGAAGAUCCAAUUAGUCCAUUCAGUGGUGAACUCAAAAGAAACAAACCGGGUUUUCUCUGAGCCUCGGAGAUCUGCCUCCAUAGCUUGUGGGGCAAGUGUGUGUGAAGUUUCAAUGCAAGUUCCAGCAUGGGCUCUUCAGGUUUUAAAACAGCUGGCGCCGGAUGUGUCAUACCGCAGUUUGGUUGUCCUUGGAGUAGCCUGCAUUCAAGGGUUGUCUGUUACUUCCUUUGAGAAAGAUGAUGCAGAACGUUUACUUUUCUUCUGCGGCCGACGGAUCAAUGAUAAUACUUCAAACCAUGAUGCUCUUCUAACCAAAAUCCCUCACUGGUUAACGCCUCCCUUGCCAACCAGAAAAAGAUCCGAGCCAUGCAGAGAAAUUAAGGAAUUCGAAAACGGAGGACCUACAUCAAGGAAAAUCAACGUGGCUGCUCUGAGACCAAUACCUCACACUCGUAGACAUAAGAUGGUACCUUUCUCUGGUUACUCUGAAAUUGGAAGAUUUGAUGGUGACCACGCCAAAGGAAGCUUGCCUAUGCCUCCAAAGCAUGGUGCAUCAGGUGGCACUCCGGUAACUCACCGUAAAGCUUUCUCUGGUUCCUACCAGAGGAAGCAAAUCAUCUCACUAAACCCUCUGCCUCUCAAGAAACAUGACUGUGGAAGAGCGCAUAUUCAGACUUGUUCGGAGGAGGAAUUUCUGAGGGAUGUGAUGCAGUUUCUGAUAAUACGAGGGCAUAGCCGGCUUGUUCCUCCAGGGGGACUAGCAGAGUUUCCGGACGCUGUUCUCAACUCAAAACGGCUUGAUCUAUUCAACUUGUACCGAGAGGUUGUAUCACGAGGAGGUUUCCACGUAGGGAAUGGGAUAAACUGGAAAGGACAAGUUUUCUCAAAGAUGCGGAACCACACACUCACAAACCGAAUGACUGGAGUGGGCAAUACGCUGAAAAGACACUAUGAGACGUAUCUACUUGAGUAUGAGUAUGCUCAUGAUGAUGUAGAUGGAGAGUGUUGCUUAAUAUGUCGCAGUAGCACGGCGGGUGACUGGGUGAACUGUGGGUCGUGUGGAGAGUGGGCUCAUUUCGGAUGUGACCGAAGGCCCGGCCUUGGCGCCUUCAAGGAUUAUGCAAAAACGGAUGGGUUGGAAUAUGUGUGCCCAAACUGUAGCGUCUCUAACUACAGGAAGAAGUCUCAGAAGACCUCUAAUGGCUUGCUUGCCCCUUAG